AUGUCCACCCCUAGGAGGCUCACGUCCACCUUCUCCUGCCUCUCCCUGGCCACCCUGGUCGGCUUGGCCUCGGUACACGGCCAAGGAACCCCACCGUCACUUGCACCCUUAGAGCAGUCCCAGUGGACAGACGCCCAGUCCAUCGCCGUGACCAGUCCAGCGAUGGCCUCGUCCUCUCCUCCUCCUCCGUCUUCCUCCUCCUCCUUCUCGGCGUCCCCACCGGGACCCAGAGCUGGCGGGAGGCCGCCCCCGUGCCUGGCGCAGAGCGGCGUGGGCCGCGUCUUCAAGCGCGUCAACGCGGCCGUGUCGAGCGUCGUCUUCCUCGUGGGGAGCGUCGGCAACGCGGCGCUGCUGCUCGUUGUCUACGGGGACAAGUCGAUGAUGCGCGACGGGAGCAGCGUCCUCAUCGCCAGCCUCGCUCUGGGAGACCUCCUCUACAUCGUCAUAGACAUGCCCGUCUACGUGUACAAGCUGCACGCCGAGAGCUGGCCAUUCGGUGCCACCGUGUGCAAGACGGUGCCCUUCGUGCAGAAGGCCUCUCUGGGCGUCAGCGCGCUGAGCCUGUGCGUGCUCAGCGGGGACAGGUACCGUGCGGUCGCGCACUGGGACCGCCUCCAGGGCGUGGGCCUCUCCCUGCUCACGGCGCUUAAAGUCCUGGCCAUCUGGACGCUGUCGCUGGUGCUGGCGGUGCCUGAGCUCCUGGCCUUCGACACGCUGUCCUGGGAAUACCGCAACCGGACGCUCGACACGUGCAUGGUCAUCCCGCAGACGAGCUUCGUGGAGUUUUACGCCAAAGCCAAGGACUGGUGGCUGUUCGGCUUCUACUUCUGCAUGCCGCUGGCCUGCGCGGCGGUCUUCUACACGCUCACGACCGUCGAGAUGCUCGGGAUGAAGAAGCGAAACCUUGGCAGCGCCAUCGACGAGCACCUCAAGCAGCAACGGGAGGCAGGCAAGGCGGUGUUCUGCCUGGCGGUGGUGUUUGCGCUGUGCUGGCUGCCGCUGCAUCUCAGCCGCAUCCUCAAGAGAACCGUCUACGACGAGAUGGACCCCAACCGCUGCGAGCUGCUCAGCUUCCUGCUCGUGCUGAACUACAUCGGCAUGAACCUGGCGACCCUCAACUCGUGCGUCAACCCCGUCGCCCUCUACGUCGUCAGCGCAAAGUUCAGGAACCGCUUCAAGUUUUACGCCAAAGCCAAGGACUGGUGGCUGUUCGGCUUCUACUUCUGCAUGCCGCUGGCCUGCGCGGCGGUCUUCUACACGCUCACGACCGUCGAGAUGCUCGGGAUGAAGAAGCGAAACCUUGGCAGCGCCAUCGACGAGCACCUCAAGCAGCAACGGGAGGCAGGCAAGGCGGUGUUCUGCCUGGCGGUGGUGUUUGCGCUGUGCUGGCUGCCGCUGCAUCUCAGCCGCAUCCUCAAGAGAACCGUCUACGACGAGAUGGACCCCAACCGCUGCGAGCUGCUCAGCUUCCUGCUCGUGCUGAACUACAUCGGCAUGAACCUGGCGACCCUCAACUCGUGCGUCAACCCCGUCGCCCUCUACGUCGUCAGCGCAAAGUUCAGGAACCGCUUCAAGUCCUGCCUGUGCUGCUGCUGGGCGACAAGCAGACGGCGCUCCAGCAGAAGGCCGUGGCGGCGCCGGGCAGCCCGCUCGGCCGCAGCAACUCCCGCUCCAGCAACAGACGUCGACGUCGCAGCAACACGGCAGGGGGAGCGCUCGCUCGCCAACUGUUGA